AUGUUGUUCCCCAGUCCCCCGGUCCUUCAGUCUCCCUAUUGCACCUGUCUUCGAGUCCCCCAUGUGUACCUUUGUCCCUAUCCCCCAGUUCCCCCGUCCCUCUAUUCCCCACUCCCCCAGUCCCCCAGUCUCCCCAGUCCAUCAAACCCCCAGUUCCACAGUCUAUCUAUUCCCCAUGUCCCCAGUUUACCAGUUCUCAGUUCCCCAGUCUUCCCCAGUCUUCCCCAGUCCAUCAAACCCCCAGUUCCACAGUCUAUCUAUUCCCCAAGUCCCCAGUUUACCAGUCCUACAGUCCCCAGUUUACCAGUCCGCCUGUCCCCCCGGGUCAGCCCGCCCACGUACUCCCCAGUCCCCCAGCCCUUCAGUUUCCUAGUACAUGCGUCAUAUAGUAUCCUCCCCCCCUAG